AUCUUAUAACUAAUCCGCCGCCCGUCAAAUCAAGCGCUUAAUAGAAUCCCGACCGUUCGUCUCCUUAUUCCUAUUCGUUUAAACGGUUAAGAUCACCUCCAGCGUUGUUGAUUACCGCACAGAAUCAAACUACAAUUCAAUCUCUUAUCAUUUCAUUUCUUCAGAAUCAAACUCUUUAUCCGCGCCUCUCUUUGAAAUCUCGUAUAAUUUCGCAGGAUUGAAAACUCAAAAACCCUAAUUUUGCUGGUGAGAAAUUUGAGGUCAUCUGAGAAUCCAUGGAGUACAAGUUCGCGGCGGUGUUCCUCGUCAUUACGCUUUGUGGGAUUGUACCUUUGACCUUCGCCACCGACGUCGAGUACUGCGAUAGGAAGGCUGAUUACGGUGUCAGGGUUCAAGGGGUUGAAAUAUCACCAAACCCAGUAGCAAGAGGCAAGCAAGCCACCUUCAGCAUCUCUGCAAAUUCAGAUCGAGCAAUCUCAGGUGGGAAAUUAGUGAUAGAAGUUUCCUACUUUGGAUGGCACAUUCACACUGAGAUACAUGACCUUUGUUCGGAGACUUCUUGCCCUGUAGACACUGGUGAUUUUGUAGUCUCCCACUCACAAGUUUUGCCAGGAUAUACUCCACCAGGCUCAUACUCGCUUAAAAUGAAGAUGUAUGAUGCAAACAAGAGCGAGCUCACCUGCAUUGCCUUUGGAUUCAACAUUGGAUUUGUAUCUUCCAUAGCAGACAUUUAAUAGCUCCUAUGAUUAUUCUUUCUAGCUUAUUCAGCAUCACUGCCAUAAAGAUAAUACGAAUGUGUUGUAAAAUUGUGUUUAUGGGCAGUUUACUGCAACAACUUUGUUGUGCUUUUAGUCGUCUAAAGCUCUGAUGUUUGCAGUAAGUUGUGCUUAAAGUAUGAUGCACAAUAAAGCUACAAUUUGCUUUGAUGUGCAUGCAAAAGACAUUUACCCAAUGUUACAGUAUAUAGAAGACAUUGGCUAGCAUGUAAAAAGCAUCAGAAUACCAUCAUCUUCUUUUUUCCUUUUCUGU